AUGAGGAGGGGAGAGGGAAGCAAAUGGGAAGAAGAAAGGAGGAAGUUCUUCGAAGAGAGGGGACUGAAAUUAGAGAAACUGGAAGAGAAAAGAAGCAGUGGAGAGAUGGGAUAUGAGGAACUGGAAGAAAGGGACAAGCAGAUGCAAGAGGAGGAAAGGUGGGAAAAGAUAACCGAAUCGAGGUACAACAGGUGGUAUAAGACCAUUAUAGAGCCAGGAAUACCGAGAUAUCUGGAAAAAGGAUGGAAGGAGGAAAGAUGGAGAAGAGUAGCUAAAUUUAGAUUGGGAAACGAGGUAAAGGAAGCAAAAUACUGGGAAAAAGAAGAGGAAAGGAAAUGUAGAUUAUGUGGCUGGGAAGAAGAAACAUGGGAGCACAUAUGGGAAAGGUGCGCUGUCGGAGGAGAAGAAAGAAAAGAAGAAUGGCAAGAGAGAGUGAGAGAGAUGCUGGGAGGAAGUGGGGAAGGAGAAGAUUGGAUGAAACAGCUAGAGAAAUACAGGACGGGAACUGGGGAAGGACAAGAGACGCGGAGUGAGAAACGGCGAGAAGUAUGA